AUGGUGAGCUCAACCAAUAUCCCAUGGCCUCCCACCGGGCCUGCCAACAGGCCCACCUCCAAGCCCAGAUGCCCCAACAACACCCUCAAAUUGGGUGUCUGCGCAAACUUGCUUGAUGGGCUGGUCCACGUCGUGGUUGGGAGCCCACCCAAAAGCCCAUGCUGCACUCUUAUCCAAGGCUUGGCUGACCUUGAAGCGGCCGUUUGUCUAUGCACGGCUAUCAAGGCCAACGUGCUCGGGAUUAAUCUCAAUGUCCCGGUUUCACUUAGCCUACUUUUGAACUAUUGCGGCAAAAAGGUCCCGUCUGGAUUUCAAUGCGCUUGA